AAACGUCAAAACUCGGCGAGUCGGCUGCUCUUGCUCCUACAGGUUGAUGUGCUGAGUUUGCAGGAGCUUCGGGCUGUUUCUGGUGCUGUAGGACCAGACAUCGUCACCUCUGCAAAUAAGCGGCUUGUGGCCAGGCCUCUCCAUGGCUCGGGUACGAGUUCCGGGCUGAACCAUUUUCUUUGUGGUGAAAGCCCCCGCCCUGAGGCUGGUUCGUCGCGGCGGCGGUGGAGAUCGCAGGUCCCUCAGGAUUGCAGAUGGGUCAAGGACUCUGGAGAGUAGCCAGAAAUCAGCAGCUACAACAGGAAGGCUACAGUGAGCACGGUUACCUCACCAGAGAGCAGAGCAGGAGAAUGGCUACAAGUAACAUUUCUAACACCAGCCAGCAGCGUAAACAAGUCCAAGGAGGCAUUGACAUAUAUCACCUUUUGAAGGCAAGGAAAUCUAGAGAACAGGAAGGCUUCAUUAAUUUGGAAAUGUUGCCGCCUGAGCUAAGCUUCACCAUCUUGUCCUACCUGAAUGCAACUGACCUCUGCUUGGCUUCAUGUGUUUGGCAGGACCUAGCUAAUGAUGAACUUCUCUGGCAAGGGUUAUGCAAAUCUACUUGGGGUCACUGUUCCAUAUACAAUAAGAACCCACCUUUAGGCUUUUCUUUUAGAAAAUUGUAUAUGCAGCUGGAUGAAGGGAGCCUCACCUUUAAUGCCAACCCAGAUGAGCAUCAUUUAAAUAUAAAAACAAGAAUACUUGCAGCCACAGGGAACAAGAUCCUCCAAAGAACAUCGUCCAUGUCCCGGAAAUGGGUAACCAAACUCCAUAGCACCUGCUGGCAGUGGCUCAUGGGGUGGGGGAGAACAUCUGCACCAUCUGUGGGAGUGAACUACUUUAUGUCCAAGGGUAUCCUAGAUGAUUCUCCCAAGGAGAUAGCAAAGUUUAUCUUCUGUACAAGAACACUCAACUGGAAAAAACUAAGAAUCUAUCUUGAUGAAAGGAGAGAUGUCUUGGAUGACCUUGUAACACUGCAUAAUUUUAGAAAUCAAUUCUUGCCAAAUGCACUGAGAGAAUUCUUUCGUCAUAUCCAUGCCCCUGAAGAACGUGGGGAAUAUCUUGAAACUCUUAUAACAAAGUUCUCACAUAGGUUCUGUGUUUGCAAUCCUGAUUUAAUGCGAGAACUUGGCCUUAGUCCAGAUGCUGUCUAUGUGCUGUGCUACUCUUUGAUUCUACUUUCCAUUGACCUCACUAGCCCUCAUGUGAAGAAUAAAAUGUCAAAAAGAGAAUUUAUUCGAAAUACCCGUCGUGCUGCUCAAAACAUUAGUGAAGAUUUUGUAGGACACCUUUAUGACAAUAUCUACCUUAUUGGCCAUGUGGCUGCAUAAAAGCACAAUUUCUGGGAUAUUAACUCUUCACUUCAGACCAAUGCUGCCCAAGGAUCUACUUAGCAAAUACGAGUAUCACAUAAGUGCUGGUCAUUCUAGCUUCUGUAUACCAUCAAGCAUGAGUAUACAGCCUCUUUCUGUUUCACUGUUUUCUUUUCAGUAAUUUCCUUGGGAAACUGAAUAAUUUUGCAGAAUUGUUCUCACUGUUGCUCAUCAUGUUUGCCCAGAGCAGAGCCAUUUUCUCACAUAGCUGUGCAAGAAUAGUACACUGACAUAUACUACAUAACAUGGUGUUUUAUGCAUUAAAUUUGCCUGAAAACUA